AUGCCCCAAGUACUAAGUCCGCCCAUAUCGACUGCCCGACAGCGCCGAACCAAGACACACAAGCAGUUGAAGAAGGAAGACGUCAAUGGUCCGACCCAGAUACACGUUGAGAAAUGCGCCGAGAGCGUCGCGCCCAAUCGGACGCAGAAGCAGCUCGAUCACAAGCCUCCGCAAAGGUCGUAA